AUGAAACCAAUUCUUCUUCAAGCACAUAAACGUUCCUUAACUAAAGUUUAUUAUAAUCGUGAAAGUGAUCUUUUAUUUUCAGCUGGUAAAGAUACAGUUCCAUCUGUAUGGUCUAUAGAUGUUAAUUGGGAUUCAACAGCAUAUGUAUCGGUAUCUGGUGGUAGUAGUGUUAUAAAUGAUGUACGCAGAGAAAAACCACAUCAAGGACAAAUAAUGGAUUUACAAACAAAUAACGAUUUGACGUUUCUAAUUUCAUCAUCAAAAGAUCGCACAGCUAAAAUAUUGAAACAUUUGAAAACAUAUAAAACUGAACGUCUGAUUAAUUCUGCGGCAAGCUCACCACUUAAAGAUCAUGUAUUACUUGGUGGUGGUCAAGAAGCUAUUGAAGUCACACAAACUGCAGGUCACUUUGGACCUAUCAAUAACAUUGAUAUACAUCUCGAUGGAAAAAGUUAUGCUAGUGGAGAUGAAGAUGAUCUUGUACGGAUACAUUAUUUUGAUAAUGAUUAUCUUGAUUAUGAUGUUGUUUAUUAA